GUUGCACAAAUAAGUCUUGGUUCCUACUCACCAAUUCAAUUUCCAUUAUGGAGGUUUUUGAAACUCUUGGUCUGAAAAUCCCUAAUACAAUAUUGAUUGAUGGAGUCUCAGAGAACCCCACAGAUGAACUUAUUGAUUUUCUUGAACAGUAUGGUGAUAUUAAGCAGAGAACUACCAUCGAUUUAUGUGAAUCAGAAUUUGAUCAAAUGAUGGUUGUUGAAUUUGAUUCUGGAUUGUCUUUAGCACGCUUAUCUCCAAUAUUACCAUAUACAUUUACAUCAUGUGUGGGUGAUAAAUUUCAUAUUGAAAGUUUAUCUGAGAUUUAUGCCUCAAAGGUUGGUGGAUUAAAGACAAACAAGUAUUUGGCUGAUUUACAAGAAAUUGCCAAGAUGUCUGGAAAAAAUUACACUCAAGUUCUCACAGAAGUGAUGUCCCAGAUACAGCAGUCUAUUGCAGAGUUCUGUCCUGUGGUCCCAGAGAAGGCAAAAGAGGAACAACAACAACUUGCAGAUGAAGAAGGAGGGCAGCAGCCAUCAGCUCAUGCUACAACUCAACUCCCUUUUCCUCUGUCAUCCCUUUCACAGUCAGCUCCUCUCCCAUCUGGUUCUUCUGUCUCCGACAGAGCUGAAGUGCCAAGUCAGAAGAGGCGGUCCACAUCUAUUUCUGCUGGUGAUCUUAGUCCUCCUGAGGUGCAACGGUACGUUGUGGAGCAUGUUGUUAGGAGUGGGGACAGCUCUCUACAUAUGCACACAUCCAAUAGACUUAGGGCAUUCUCUGGAAAAGUCCCCAGGCCAAGUCAUGAGACGGACUAUGACACGUGGCGGUCGAGUGUUGAAUUAGUUCUUCAAGAUCCCUC